AUGUUCCAUAAUGAAGGGAAAGCUCUCCUAGUGCAGAGGACGGAAACCGACGAUGGUGUCUACAAAAUAGGACAGAUUGAGAAUCCCACAGUAUGUGGUUACAGGGGAAAAACACGGAUGCCUUUUAGCUCGAGUGCGGGUAUAUUCGCUGUAUCUGGAUCUAUAAACACGGCAACCCUGGAGAUGGAUGUUGUUUUGGAAGUGUAUGGAAUGAACUUGGGUUCUUUGCACGGAUACGCAAACCGGCCCUUCAAGAUCGAUCUGGAUCUAAGUAUGGUAAAGGGUAGCGUUGGGCUAAGACUGACCGGCCUGGACGAACUGUUGCUGGAUAUUGAUACGAAAGUCUUUCAAGUGGCGGAUGAUGGCUCGGGGAAGUUCAUAGAAUACAAGAAAGCUCAUUUCAUCCAAGACAUACCGGAUGUCAGGUGUGCACCUUGGCUUUCUCCUAGCUCUGAUAAUUAG